AUGUCUAACAAAUGGAGCCGGACAGUAAGCUUAUCUCCAUCACUAACAGCGUCACAAACAGAUAUAGUACUUGAAGAUGCCAGAGAAAAUGGAUUUGCUCUUUCACUUGAUGACGUCAGAAAUAUAUUCCAAGCUAAAUGCGAUGAUUUUAAUAUUCGCGCGACAGAUAAGUUAUUUACAAGAUUUGAAAGGCAGCUUCUUGAUAAACCCUUUCUUAAAGUCUUCCAAAUGGAAUCUACAUCAAUUGGACCACUGGCUUCUGCAUCAAUUCGUAAUAUACUCACAGUUCAUCCUAACUUCAAAGUAAUACAACUUGCAGGAAAUUCUAUCGGAAAUAAAGGCGCAAUCGAAUUUGCACAGUUGAUUUUGAAUACUAGUAGUAUUGUUUCGAUAGAUUUAUCAUCUAACGGUAUAGAGGAUAAAGGAAUGGCUGCAAUAUUUAAUGCAAUGAGAAGAAAUAAAACAAUUAUCUCAUUAAAUCUUGGAAGUCGUCCAGGUAUGACAAGAAAUUCAAUCGGAAAUGAAGCAGCUGCUGCAUUAUCCCAGAUGCUUGCUAAUAACCUCGUCUUGUCUGAAUUAGACUUAUCAAUGGUUGAAAUUACAGUUGAAAACGUCGGUACUAUUGCAUCUGGUCUUUCAAAGAAUACAACACUUUGCGAACUUAAUCUCUCGAAUAACAACAUCCAAUCAAGGGGUGUUGCCCAAAUUUUACCAUGUUUAGUUUCAUCAAGAGUAUCUGCACUCAGACUUUCAGGAAAUCACCUCAAAGAUGACUGUGGAACAUACUUCGCUAACUUCUUCAAGCAAAAUAAAAACGUAAAUACAAUUGAUAUUUCAAAUAACGGAUUAACAGCAAGAUUUAUUGCUACUAUUGCUCCAACAAUUACAAAAUGCGAAGCAAUCAAGGAGUUUAACCUUUCUAAGAAUCCUUUGACCGGAAGAAGUGCGGAAAUUUUCUCAAAGAUUAUAUCUGCAAAUUCAACGCUCAAAUCCCUCAUUCUUCAAGCAUGCAAGAUAGAUUUAACAGGAAUUAAGGAGUUUGCUCUAGGUUUGGCUCAAAAUCGUGGUUUACAAGUUUUGAAUUUGUCUAAUAACUCAUUAAGAGAUGAUGGCCUUGAUUCUUUAAGUCGCGCAUUUGUAUCUCAGCGUGGUCUCGAGCAACUUUUCUUAGAUUUAACAGAAAUGGGUGAUAAAUCAUGUGAUUCAAUUUUCACAGCCCUGUCAAAGUCAGAAACAAUUAAAUCUAUUUCCAUUAAGAACAAUCUUGUUAAAGAUGGAGCACCAAUACUCCAAUUCAUCCAGAAUAACUCAAAAUGCAGAAAAUUAAGUAUUGAAUACAAUGAUAUUUCUUAUGCAUAUAUCCAACAGAUUUCUAAAGCCGUUUCCCAAAACAAGCACAGAUGGCAACAGCAAAAUGAGUCUAAAACAACUUCUGGAACAAGAUCUCUUGAAGAAUUGGAAAACGAACUUAAUGAUUGCAGAGAAAUGAUCAAAGCACAGAGAGAUGAUAUUAUUUCUCUUAACACAAGCCUCGAAAAUGCUCAGAAAGAGCAAAUUGAGACAAGAAAGAAUCAAAUCCAUAAUUUGAGUACAUUAGAAAUCGUUGAUCGCGGAGCUUCAAAGACACUAAGGAAUCUUCUUGAUGAAAAUCGUAAUUAUUUGGAUAAAAUGGACCACGAAUUGAAUGUUGCCAAACAAGAGUUCAAUGUUAUUGCUUCAGACCUCGAUAAUGAGAGAGAACGCUUUAAUGCUGAUAUGUCUGGCAUUGCUUCUUUAGGAAGACAAAUAGAAGCAAAUCAAGAAAAAUAUGAAAAAGAAUUACAUGAAUUAGAUGUUCAAAUCAGAGAUAAAAUAUUGGAAUACAAAGCUGCAUGCGUUCUUUUAGAAAAUGCUUUCAAAGAUGCCAAAAAUCCUAAACCUAAAGCAGGGGGUGAAUCCCAGGAAUCCCCUGGAAAAGGUGCUGGUUCUAAGAAGAGCAGGAAGAAAUCAACAGCUGCAAAGAGCAAAUCGGAAGAUCCGGAGAACAAGGAGGGCGAAGAAGAGCAGCCAAAAUCUGCUGAAGAGCAAGAAGCUGCUCCUCCUGCAGAAGAAGGUCAAAAAUCGGUCAAAUCUAAAAAGUCAAAGAAAUCUAAGAAGAAAUGA